AUGAACGAAGCGGGUGGCGCGGACGCGCCACCGCCCAUGGAAGCGAUUCACCCGACGCUCUCAACAGACACAAUAGACAACGACACCAGCUCCGUUGCGCAGAUGACAACGUACGUGACGGACCCGACGCAGUUCCUGUUCAACUUCCCGAAUGACAAGUCGUUCACGACGCAUGUGCCUGCCAGCCUCUUUGACGAAUGCGUGUCUGUGCUGAAGCGCACAGUGCAGUGGCGCGUCUCGUCGACACGGUACAACGGCGCGCUGCCACACGGGCGCCGCUACGCGUGGCGGAAGCACUACGUAUGUGACCACUCUGGAAAGCCGCGCGACCGCCGCGAUCCGAAUCUGGCACCAGGGAAGCGACGUUCGCGGCGAGCUUCGAUCAAGAUUGGCUGCCCCGCCUCGUUCACCGCGACACAGGAAGUCGGCAGCGACACGGUCGUGAUGGUGUGUCGCUUCCAGCACCAGGGGCACACUGUGAACACGCGCGAGUACUGGGCCAACAGUCGCAUCCCCGAUAAUGUGCGUGAAUGGAUCAAGGAGCGCGUAAGCGAGGGCCACGACCAGAAGGAGAUCGUGCAGAUGAUCCACGAGCAUCAGAAAAAUGCCGCCAACAUACCCCCUACGAGCCCCGCAUUCAUUCCGCCGGGCGUGCAGAUCACGAGGAUGGAUGUGUACAACAUCAUCAAGCGCCACAAGAACCUGCGUGCGCAGGAGCAGGACACGUCGAUGCAGCGAGCGCAUCGCGAGAGCGCCCCUUCCGGCGUAGACACAGACGCCCACGCACACCGCCUUGCGCUUGCCAUUGACCCGGCCACCGCCAAUGCGGCUGCCGCCGUCCCGCCUCCAGACCUGACGAUCGCAGACACACGGCGGCCCGACGAGGCACCGCCCCUGGACCCGUCGACAGCUCCAGCGCCCUACUCAAUGCUGCCAGCCACGCAGCUGACGACUGCCACGCCCGAGGAGGCCGUGAGCUUUGCACAGCAGUGGAGUGACCUGCUCGCGAACCUGCAGGCGCUCCAGCCACAAAUGAUGGAGUAUGCGCUUACAACGGGUACAACGCGUCAGGCCAAUACCACAGCUGAGUGGUCGCAGGCGAUUGCGCAGCUGACGCAAGCGUGGUACAUAGCGAGCAGCUUGGUCGACCGGCCCGGGCUGGCGCCGCCGCCCCCGUAG